GCAGUUUACUGCUUGUCGAAAUGUAGAAUAUUGCAGCGUUCAGUCUACGUUGCCUUCAGGGACGGUCUUUGGGUGGGUCCUCCGUGAACUUCCUUCGGUUGUCCACAGGAUCCUGAUCGGUGACCUUUGACCUCUUCUCCAUGAGACGAACAAAGAAGCGGAACCUUUCCCAGAGAAGUGACCUUUCUGUCGGAGCUCUUCGUAAAUGGAAGAGAGAAGAGGAGCUGGCUGUUCUCCGCACAGACGAACCGGCGCGAGGAGGACGUAGCGGCGGGAAAGUUCAGCCGAGGGCGAGAGAGAAGCGCCGCGGUGUCACCGGGCAAGAGCUCCGGGCCAACGGUUGCCAUGGUGAACAGCAGGGUGGAGGCACCCCUGGGUGGCGGUGGUGGCGGUGGUGGCGGCGGCGGCGAGGUGGCGGCGGGCAGGUCGUGUGCGGGCUGUGGAGGCCGCAUCGUGGACCGGGUCCUGCUCUUCUCCAUGGAGCGGUACUGGCACACCAGGUGCCUCAAGUGCUCCUGCUGCCACGCCCAGCUGGGCGAGUACAGCAGCACCUGCUACAGCAAAGGAGGGAUGGUGCUCUGCAGGAACGACUACGUCAGGCUGUUUGGACACAGUGGCGCCUGCUGUGCUUGUGGUCAGUCCAUCCCGUCCAGUGAGCUGGUGAUGCGAGCGCAGGGCAACGUGUACCACCUCAAGUGUUUCACCUGCGCCACCUGUCGGAACCGCCUGGUCCCCGGGGACCGCUUCCACUACGUCAACGGGGCCGUGUUCUGUGAGCAGGACCGGCCCGGUGGAGGUCUGCUGCAGGCCGGCAGCAUGAUGGCCGACCAGAAGGUCUGCUGAGGAAGACCAUGGGAAACCAUAUCUGUGCCUUCUCCUCCUCCUCUUCCUCCACCUACCCCUCCUGUACAUCCUGGCGUAGGCUGAUCUCCUCCACAGUCGUCACUGAUCCCCGUUUAGAUUUCAACAUCCCAAAACAGACUUUCAGCUUCUUUUGGGUGGACGGUGAGGAGAGAACCCUGGACGUGUGUGUUCUGAUGACCUCAUCAUUUGACAUCAUGUGACGACAUCAUGUGUUAUCAUCAUGUGACCUCAUGUGACAUUUGACAUCAUCAUGUGACCUCAUGUGACGUCAUCAUGUGACCUCAUCAUGUGACAUCAUGUGACAUCAUCAUGUGACUUGUGACCUCAUGUGACAUCAUCAUGUGAUAUGUGACGUCAUCAUGUGACAUCAUCAUGUGACUUGUGACAUCAUCAUCUGAUAUGUGACGUCAUCAUGUGAUAUGUGACAUCAUGUGAUAUGUGACAUCAUCAUGUGACAUGUGACAUCAUCAUGUGACAUCAUGUGAUAUGUGACAUCAUCAUGUGAUAUGGGACAUCAUCAUGUGACUUGUGACAUCAUCAUGUGAUAUGUGACGUCAUCAUGUGAUAUCAUGUGAUAUGUGACAUCAUCAUGUGAUAUGUGACAUCAUCAUGUGACAUCAUCAUGUGAUAUGUGACAUCAUCAUGUGACUUGUGACAUCAUCAUGUGAUAUGUGACGUCAUCAUGUGAUAUCAUGUGAUAUGUGACAUCAUGUGAUAUGUGACAUCAUCAUGUGAUAUGUGACAUCAUGUGACAUCAUCAUGUGACUUGUGACAUCAUCAUGUGACUUGUGACAUCAUCAUGUGACUUGUGACAUCAUCAUGUGACAUCAUGUGACAUGUGACAUCAUCAUGUGAUAUGUGAUAUGUGACAUCAUGUGAUAUGUGACAUCAUCAUGUGACAUCAUGUGACUUGUGACAUCAUCAUGUGAUAUGUGACGUCAUCAUGUGAUAUCAUGUGAUAUGUGACAUCAUCAUGUGAUAUGUGACAUCAUGUUAUAUGUGACAUCAUCAUGUGAUAUGUGACAUCAUGUGAUAUGUGACAUCAUCAUGUGAUAUGUGACAUCAUGUGACAUGUGACAUCAUCAUGUGACUUGUGACAUCAUCAUGUGACUUGUGACAUCAUCAUGUGACUUGUGACAUCAUCAUGUGACAUCAUGUGACAUGUGACGUCAUCAUGUGAUAUGUGACAUCAUCAUGUGACAUGUGACGUCAUCAUGUGACAUGUGACGUCAUCAUGUCAUAUGUGACAUCAUGUCAUAUGUGACGUCAUGUGAUAUGUGACAUCAUCAUGUGACAUCAUGUGAUUUCUGCAGAAGGUUACAUUUACUUCCCAAACCACGCGGACCAAACUCCAGUUGGUCUUCUCUCUAGUUUGAGUGUUUCCUGCUCGUCUGAGUUCACACGUUCACGUCUGAGAGAUUCUCUUUGAACUCUUCACUCACGUCGGUCUACAGGUUCAUCUGGAGUCAUCGUCGCCCUCAGGCGAGUUCUCCAGACUCACUUGUUGUGUGGACUCGUAGCUCCGGCUGCAUUAAUAAAGGAUAAAGGAACA